AGUGGUUGCUAGGCUAAGGACCCUUGCGUAGUUGUUGUCCAACUUUGUGCCAGUUUAAAUUUUGCGGUACGGAUUACAUUUAGAAAAUAAAAAUCAUAUGUAUCGUUUUUUGUGUACCAUUUAAAAGCUCAGGGUACCUAGACAGAGCUUUCACAUUUGGACGUCAAAACUUUAUUUUAUGUUUUGUUAUUUUUUUGUGAAACGGCGCUUAAUGUAGCUCUUGAAAGAAAGUGAACAACACAAAACUUCAGUUCAACCGUUGAUAACAUUCGUAUCUAUUUUAGCUUUGAAUGUCGGAUUACUUCGAUAAUUCGCACAGAACCACGGUAAAAUAGUCAUUUACCGCCUUUGAAAAUGUUUUACCGUUCCUCUUUUUACUGUUGAUAGACGCCAACAUGAACUCGUACAAUGUUUUGGAGAUGGUGGGAGAGGGCUCGUUUGGUCGAGUUUACAAAGGAAGAAAAAGACACACUGGCCAAGUAAGUAACUUUUUCAGGAGUGGUUAGUUGGUUUUCUAUCUGCUUUUUUACUUUAAAUGCAUUUGUGUUUACCAGGUCGUGGCGAUGAAGUUUAUGCCUAAAACGGGUCGUUCAGAAAAGGAGCUUCGAAGUCUGAAGAGGGAGAUUGAGAUCAUGAGAAACCUUCAACAUCCGAAUAUUGUUCAGAUGUAUGACAGUUUUGAGACUGAAACAGAGGUCUGUGUGCCAAAAAGACUCUAUCUGAUGUUAACAUUUUGACAUAAAGUAGUUCUCUUACCUGUUUUUAAUGUCUGAAACAGGUUGUGGUUGUCACUGAGUAUGCAGAGGGACAGUUAUUCCAGAUACUUGAAGAUGAUGGCCACUUACCAGAAAGCCAGGUAUGAAUCAUUCAUGAAAUGUCCUAUACAUCACAAUCGCUCUCUCUCCCUCUCUCCCUAUCUCUCUGUUUUCCUCCCCAACCCAGCAGGGGCUUGGAUGAGUCGAGCAUGAGUGGUCCUGCUCAAGGUUUCUGCCUGUUAAAAGGAAGUUUUUUCUCGCCUCUCAUGUUAGAUGAGAUGGGCCAAAUCCCAUCUUAGAUUGGUUCUUGAUAAUUCAUCAAACAAUGAGCGUGGUCUAGACCUGCUCUUGUUCUUUGAAAAGCGUCUUGGGAUGACGACUGUUGUGAAUUGGCACUAUAUAAAUAAAAUUUGACUUGAUUUGAUGAUUUGAAAAUAAUCAUGUUGUCAUAUCAUCAUUUGCUCUUUAUAACUAUUUUUAGGUGCGUGAGAUUGCCUGUCAGCUGGUCUUAGCUUUGCAUUAUUUACAUUCCCAUCGUAUCCUCCAUCGUGACAUGAAACCCCAGAACAUACUGUUGGGAAAAAGCGGGGUGGUGAAACUGUGUGACUUUGGGUAAGACAAUAUUGAUUGUAUAAAAAAAAUAAUAAUUGUAUUGAUAAUUUCCACUUAAAUAAUAUCUAUCUAAUAAUCUGUAGGUUUGCUCGGGCCAUGAGCGUCUCCACUUUGGUGCUGACAUCUAUCAAGGGAACCCCUCUGUACAUGUCUCCUGAACUGGUAGAGGAGAAGCCAUAUGACCACACUGCUGAUCUCUGGUCUCUGGGCUGCAUCCUGUAUGAACUCCACACGGGGGCGCCUCCGUUCCACGCUAACUCCAUCUUCCACCUGGUGCAGCUUAUAGUUAAAGACCCUGUCAAGUGGCCUGACAGUAUGAGCCCCACCUGUACGGUAAAGUGCAGCCACAGUCUAGUCUUCUCUGGGUCAAGAAUAGGGUUUCAAAAGACACAGGCCAAAAGUUUAAAGAUUUUGGAUGAUAGAGCAAAAGGUUGUAGUCAAGGUAGGAUCACAGCAAAGAUUUGAUAGCACUGUAGUUAUUUUGGCCAGACUGAAAGAAAAACAUUUUCAAUUAUAAUUUUAUUUUUUUCUGUUAAUGUGUGGCCUGAAAGUAGCCCUGAGUAUCAUGUUUGUCCCUGAUAUCUUAAACAGAGUUUGGGUGUUUCCAGAUCACCCACAGUGAUUACUGCAAGCCUGCUUAUUGUACCAAUAGAUUCAUAGCAUGUAAUUGUGUUGAUGUGUGACAAUCUAUCCACAUUGCUUACUUGACAUUUCCUCUCCAGAAUUUCCUGAAAGGUUUGCUGACCAAAGACCCUCAGAAGCGAUUGUCAUGGCCAGAUCUCUUGCACGACCCAUUUGUAUCUGACGGUGUUCAAGGUAGUGCUAAAGAGCUGUUAUUUUUUCUACAUAUGCCUGUACCUGCUGUGCUACCUGAUGGUACUAUAAUGUUUAAUUUUCACUCUUUUCUCCCCAUAUUGGUGUGUCGGCGCAGUGCUGUCAGACUCAACUGUUUUCAGCCCUCUAACAGUCAAACCCAGCCCAGACAUGCUGGCGUUAAAAUUGAAGCAAGUAGCAGAAAAGACAGUACCCAUCUAUGGAGAAAGCAAGUUGAUACACAAGGUCCAGGAACAGAUAAAGGCUGGUAACAGAGGGAGAUCAGCUGGCAGUGACUCUGCAAAAGUGAGCAUUAAAUGGAUUUUUCUUCCUUGAAUUAGUCAUGUUAAGCUUUACUGUGGAGCCUUAAUCCAUCCUGUCUGUAGUUACAGAAGAAAAAGGGUCUAGUGGAAAAUGAAAGGAUCAACUCCAGGGUCAAACCCCCAUCUUGUGAUGUCUCCGCCACCUUAAGUUACUCUGUAAAGACAGAAGCCAAACAAAGGCUCGAUGCAGAGAAUCAAACCGGCAUGGGAUUCAAAUCCAGGUGUUCAUUUAAGUUCAGAUUUCAUAAACAAAUGGAUAAUAUAUAGGUUCAGUUUUGUGUAUUUCACUACUGUUUUAUUUUAUUUUUUCGCUGUGCAGGGGUCGGAUCAGCAGGGACUAUGAGCAGGAGUUCCCCUCUGUAGAGGUCGGGCCCCGGCUGAUACGGAGAUGUAGCGAGGUUAGACUGCGCAGACUGCUUUUUCAAAAUACAUUAUGAAUUUCUCAUUGAAGAUUGUAGAUAGUAAAGGUUAUUUUUUCUCCUCCAUUCAAACUAUUAUGGUUACAAAGAAAGUGGUCAUUUUCUAUCAGAAACGGUUACCCCACAGCAUCAUUGCUUUCAUUAUCUUCCAGGAUGUUGACACGGAGGAGUACUGGCAGAAACUGGUCCAAGAGUCUGAUCCAAAUAGACAACAACAAGCACCAUUAAAUCUAAGUGCAAUUAUACCUCAACUUCAAUCAAAGAUUGGGGCAUUAACAGCUCAGGUAAUCAGUCACAACUUUUAACCGACCAUGAAUUGAUUUCACCUCAAAGGUAUUUGCAUUUACCCACUUUUUUUUCCUUUCAUCAGCUAACAAGUGGUGAAGUUGAAGAGGUGUGGCAGAUUCAACUACCACUGAGAGUUUUGCACAACCUGAUCCUGACCUCUGACCUUGAGGAGUCAUACCACAUUGGCUGCAAACUUGACCUACCCUAUGUCCUCUUCAAUGUUAUCCAUGAUACAGUAGAGAACCUAAAUGUCAACAAGGUUAAUGUUCACAUAUGGAACCAGAUUCAACUGUUUGUUUCCAUCAACAUUAUCCAUAAUUGUUGGUACUUUUUUUUCUCCUCAGCAACCAUGGAGUGUGGCAGCACUGGAAGAAAUGAUUGUUAUACUUAUCAUCUACUGGGAGAACCACUGUGACUGGGUAGAUGCAGAACAAAGGUUUGACUGUUUUCUCUUUUUUUUAAAGCAGAUUUUUUUCAGUGGCUGAUGACCACACUUCGCAGUCAUUUUUUAACUAUUACAUUUUAUAAACUCCUCUCUUACUGAAGACUGGAAGAGUUCACCAAGUCCUUCAUCACAAUUUUAAGUCAACCAAACCUCAUUCAUCUGGCUGUAAGUACUCAUAGAUGUUAAUAUAAACACAUUAUACUGUGAAUGUUGCCUUUGAUUUUGGUUUUACAUUUACUUUGCCGGUUGCAUAACCAGAUGACUUUGAAUCUCUCCUUCAGCCCCUGGCUGCCUGUGUUUUGUCCUUGUUUGUACAAUAUAAUAUUGAUGUCCAAGUCCAUAUGGACAGUCUCACCUCCUUGCUGAAAAAACUGUUACUGGACUCGUAUGAGGUACGAAAUGUAUGAGAGGAAACUUACAUAUUUGGUAAUGAAUUGACUAUUUUAAAUGCAAGGAAAUCUGACACUGAGUGCUUCUCUUUUUCAGUCUCGGUUCACUGUUCCCUCUGGCUGGGGAUGCUGUGAUGGUCUCCUGUCUUUACUCCUGCACACACUCUCAAAGGUCAGACAUUAGCUCCAAAGUGAAAUAUGAUGGGUUGAAUCCAGAGAUUUAAUUGUCUUUUUUUUUUUCUUUAUAUUUUGUGUUUCCCUUUCCCUGCAGGAGAACAUGUCUGGAUCAGUAGGUUUGGAUCCAGUCCUCUUUCUAGAUCUGUGGAAGAGAAUCGGUACUUCAUUGGCAAGGACAGUAACAGAUACAGACUUUUGUUCAGCGAAUGGUAAACAUGAAUUUACUAUUAAACACGGUGUAAUUCAAUAAACUUUUGGUGAUUUUUAAAUCUGUAUUUUCAUUUUUUUCAAAACCAGGACUGUACUCCUUUCUGUCAACUGCACUGACGGUUUUCACCAAGGAUCCGUACUCAUGUGUUCCAUUGUUUUCUGACUGCCAAUCAAAGUGUGUUUUCACUCUUGGCCGCCUGCUGGGCACUGACUGGUUGGUGUUUGGAUUUCCUGAUUAUUAACUAACUGUUUUGUGUGAACAACACAGCUACCGUGCCUGGAGCUAACAAUAAUAUCUUUAAACCCCACAGCCCUCAUUUGUUUGCUGGAGGCAGUCCUGGGAGACAUGAGGCGGAUCUGAGUCACGACUGCCUGUCUGUACUGAGCUGCCACUUGUUGUGCUUCCCAUUCGCCCUGGACCUGCCUUCAAGCACCAUGUCCACCAUUAUCCAGCUGUAUGACAGUUGUGGUAUUGUUACGAGCCUCCUGCAGGUCAGGGCCUUUACAUGCUCCGAUAGAGACCUUACUGACAAACACGUUUCUCUGAUGCAACACAGGAUAACUCUUGCAACAGGCUCUCAUCAGGCAAACACACCGCUGUACAUCUUAAUGCCUCCUGUGAGAGCAUUGUGUUGUUUGUUGACAGCUGUUUGAUCUGUGACAGGCUGUCUGGAUGAUUUUGUUUUUUCGUGCUUUGGCAGGUAAUUCAAACUCUUCCCCCUCCACUAUUGGAGCUGCCUCUCUCCCUGCUGAGCCGUUUGCUCCUGUGUGACCCCGAGCGCUCUGUUUCCCGCCUCAAAGAAGAUGCUUGUGGAUUUUUCAUGUCAUCUGGAAACGGUCAAGUCAAAAGCCGAGCUCCACUUAACAGAACUGCCUGCUCUCUGCUCUCUGACUUGCUUCAGCUGGAAGAGCUGAGGGAGUCUGCUGUGGAGCUUCUUCAUUUGUUGUCCCGAGUGGCUCGAUUUUCCUCUCUACAUACUUGUUUUGAGCUCCACCUGAAGGCCUCAGUGCUGCACAGGGCACUGGCUCACACUUAUGACCCAAUCAGAGCUGCCACAUGCAGACUUUUGGGAAAUCUGGAUCCGUUUGAGCCCCUCACAAUGCAAACUCUAAAACCUGACGUUUUUAAAAGGAUAGCAAAGUCUCUUCAGGAUUCUUGCUCAUCAGUCAGGCGUAUGGCUUGCAGGGCGGUUGGAAACUGGCUAGGAUACAUUGCAGCAAAGGAAGAGUUUAUAAGAGGUAGGUCCAGUGGAAAGGACAGAGACACAACAGGGUGGGGCGAAAAAGAGAGGCAAAAUAAACAUACAUGUUCACACAGUAAGACUGUAGGAGAUUUGGCGAGUGGUACUGGAGUAGCAAUAGCAGUAUCAGAUGCAGACGAGGAGGAAAUGAGCAGGUGGCUAGAAGAAGCCAGAAGAACAGCAGCCAUAUUGGUGCCUCUUCUUUCUGACCCUGACGCCCUCACACGUCGUCACUGCUGUGCCGCACUGGGAAACCUGCUUCAUGUUGAAGGGACUGUGUCUCUGUUGUUGGAGGAGAAAGUGACAAACUUACUUCUGAAAGCGGCGUGCAGUGAUCCAAACAAUACAGUGAGACAAGCUGCCAUAGCAACCCUGUCUCUGUACAGCCAGCAGGAUGCAACACAUCAGGUAAAGAGAUGAGGUGGAGAGCAGAGUCACAAUUACAAGAAGUCUGUUUAUGACUGAGUUACAUAAAACUUUUUUGUUACUUUAUUAUAAAAUCACAGUGCUGCUACAAUAGUGUAUUACGUUUCUGAAAGUACUAAAACAGCGCACAUUAUUUGCUUGCUUACUCAUCCCUGGAGCUGUCUUUGGUUUUGACCAUUUAACGCAUUUAUUUAUUUUUGAAAUAAAUAAAGACUGUCCUUAUUCUAUUGCAUAUUUUGAAGUGAUUCAGUAAAUAAGUCCCUCUUUAGUUACACCUCUGAGCACAUAAUGGUACACCAAACACUUACACAGGUAACUUUCAAAUCACUUUUGUCUCUAUUGCAGGUCCUGGUAGACGUGAACGCCAGCAGAAAACUCCGCCUGGCUUCACAGCAUGCUUCUUCUUCCUCUCAGUGUGACUAUGAGCAGCUCAUUGCACAGCUGUCACAAAGUCUUGUUCAACGGGAGUAAGAGCAGACUUUGUCACCUGAAAACGCUUUCCUUUUCUUUACACCAAGCGAGUAAUCGCAUUUGCAGUGUAAACCUCAAACUUUCCAGUCAAAAUGUUGAAAAAUAAAAGUUUU